AUGGCCGCCCAAAGACGCCUCGACGCCAUCGCCGGCCAACUCUCCGCCACAUCCACCACCACCCACUCGCCGGGCCUGCAGAAGAUCCUCGAGAAGAACCCCGACGACAUUGUCAUUACAUGUGCCACGCGCACGCCGCUCACGAAAGCUCGAAAGGGCGGGCUCAAGGACACUCCGACCGACGAGCUGCUGAUCCACGUCCUCAAGGCCAUCAAGGACAAGUCCGGCAUUAACCCAGAACUCGUCGAGGAUGUCUGUGUGGGCAACGUCCUCCAACCCGCCCCGGGCUUCGUGGCCAGAAGCGCCGUCCUCGCUGCGGGAUUCCCCGUCGGCACGGCCACGAGCAUCGCUUCGAGAUUCUGCUCGUCGGGCCUGCUGAGCAUCCAGACGCUGGCCAGCUCGAUCGCCAUCGAUGCCAUCGACGUGGGCAUCGCCGUCGGGAUCGAGAGCAUGUCGUCUAACCGCGACGCCCCGCCGCCGAUGAGCGAGGCCAUCAUGUCCCACCCCAUCGCCAAGGACAACGUCCAGCCCAUGGGCUGGACGUCAGAGAACGUGGCCCGCGACUUCCACGUCACCCGGGAGAUGCAGGACAAGUUCGCCGAGAUGUCGCACAACCGCGCCGAACGGGCCCAGAGGGAAGGCUGGACCAAGGAGGAGAUCAGCCCGGUCACGACCAAGUGGAUCGACCCCAAGACGAAGGAGGUCAAGACGAUCACGGUGGACAAGGACGACGGCAUCCGGCCGGGCACCACGUACGAGGGCCUGGCGAAGAUCCGGUCCGCCUUCCCGCAAUGGGGCCCGACGACCACCGGCGGCAAUGCGUCUCAGGUCACCGACGGCGCCGCGGCCGUGCUGAUGAUGAAGCGGUCGACGGCCCAGCGCCUCGGCCAGCCCAUCAUCGGGAAGUACGUCAAGAGCACGGUCGUCGGGCUGGAGCCGCGCAUCAUGGGCAUCGGCCCGAGUCUGGCGAUCCCCAAGGUCCUGAAGAAGACCGGCCUGACCAAGGACGACGUGGAUCUCUUUGAGAUUAACGAAGCAUUUGCCUCGAUGUAUGUUUACUGUGUCAACGAACUCGGCCUGGAUAUCGACAAGGUCAAUGUCCGAGGAGGUGCCAUUGCCAUCGGCCACCCCCUGGGCGCGACAGGCACGCGGCAAGUCGUGACGCUGCUGUCGGAGCUGAAGCGGCGCGGCCAAAAGGUUGGCGUCACGAGUAUGUGCGUCGGCACGGGCAUGGGCAUGGCCGGAGUAUUUGUCUCGGAAGCAUAG